AUGCACUCUCUCGAGCCUCCCAGCGCCCCCUUCGCCUCUUCAAAUUCUCUCCGCUCGGCCUCUCCCCGCACCGACUCGCCCCUCCUCUCCGCCGAGUCCUCCCACUCCCUCAGCGUAAACUACCUCCCAAACAAGUUUUCCGACGCCCUCCUCUACAAUGGCCUCAAGCGCCGCAACGGAAAGGGCCCGUCCAUGCCCAUGCCCAAGCGCGGUGGCGGUCGCGAGGCCUUCCGGAGCGGCGAGGCCCGCAUGCCCGGCGAGGGCGAUGAAGACUACGACGGCGUGCAGAGCGGCUGGUUCAGCAAGGGCGGCAGCGUCAAGUCCGCCCUCCGCUGGAACAGAUUCAAGUGGACCCUCUUCGUCGCCAACACCCUCUUCUCCGCCUACUCCAUCGCGGGCCUCAUCUUCCUCCUCUGCACCUGGUUCGACGUCUGGAAACACGCAGACGUCGUCCGCGUUGGCAACCGCCCCGAGCUCAUCGCCUCCACCUUCGCCGCUUCCUUCGGUAUCAUCACCUCCCUCGUUGGCUGGGCAGGCAUCCUCCUCAACAACCGCUCCUUCCUUGCCGUCUACACCUUCUUCCUCUGGCUCUGCUUCGCCUUCCUCGUCAUCCCCGGCUACAUCACCUAUAAAAAGCACACUUUCAACCUCGACGGCAAGAUUAACGCCCAGUGGUCGCAGGACCUUGGCGUAGCCGGCUGGCUCCGCAUCCAGAACCAGCUCCGGUGCUGCGGCUACUUCUCUCCCUUCGUCGAGGCCGCCAUCUCGCAGACCUGUUACUCCCGCAGCGUCCUCCCCGGCUGCAAGGGCCCCUACAUAGACUUUGAAAAGUCCGUCCUCAAGCGAUGGUACAUCAUCGUCUUUGGCCUCGUCCCCUUCCAGAUCGCCGUCAUCGUUUGCGGCCUCCUCUGCUCCAAUCACAUCACCUACCGCUUCGGUAAAGGCAUGAUGCCCAAGGCCUAUCGCCUCGACAUGAACACCAUGGCCGUUAUCAUGGACCAGUACGCAAAUCAAUUGGCCGAGCAGUUCGGCGCCGACGCCGCUGGGGAAGCCCUCGCGCGCUCUCGCUCGAACCUGCACCUCGACACGAUGCCGACGAUGCCGUACACCUCGGGCGCGCAGCCAUCCGCGACCGGCGGGCGCUACGACGCGCUCAACGGCCGUACGUCCGACUCAUGA